AUAUUUGUUUCAUAUCGCAGUUUCCGGUUUGCAUUGUCAAUUUGUCGGUUUUAAUUUUAUUAAUUUACACAGUUGACAGUCAGUUACCUUUUGUAUGUGUGUGAUGCUGGCUUUUUGGCAAUUGGCAGCUUAAAUUCCUAUGGAAUAAAUCAUGUGGCAGCUAAACAGCGCUUCAGGAUUUUAUAAGGCACCGGUGUGCAAAUGCAUACUGGGAGCGAGUUUUUUGUCAUCGGUUGUCAUCAACUUUCCACUGAGUCAAUACCGCCACCUGUGUGUGUAUCACCAUUCCCUCAUUGUACAGAAAUUGCAGCUUUGGCGCCUUGUCACAGCUAGAAUUGCUUUCCUGGAUGUCAAGGACCUGAUUGUUGGAAGCAUCCUAUUCUACUACUUUAGAACUUUUGAAAGAAGAUAUGGUUCAAGAAAGUUUAUCGCGCAGUUGAUUGGAUUUUUUAUAUUUGGGAGUGUAUUAGAGUUGUCUGCUGUCCAUGUGUGCAAACUUUUACAUUUUAAUAUGGAGCCUUUGCCAUCUGGCCCAUUGUGCUUUAUUUAUCCGUUUUUCGUACCAUACUUCCUGGAUAUUCCUAGAAUAGAACUUGGAAAUGUUUUGGGAAUCCCUAUGACAGGGAAGUCAUUCCAGUAUUUUCUUGGGCUACAGGUUGCCAGUGGUUCCCUGGAGACUGUGAUCGUAGCCAUCUGUGGAAUUAUAACUGGAAUUUUAUGGCGGCAGAACUUUUUAAAAAUCCAGCAAGUAAUCGCUAUACCCAAUGUGAUUGCUGGUAUCGUGUACAAAAUUUUUGGCAGAUUUAUUGAAUCUGCGGAACCUAAAGACAAUGUUCUCCCUAUGGGAGCCACUUUGGAGUUACAGAGGCAGGAGAGGAUGGAUGAGAUUGAACAUCAGGUGUUACUACAGUCAAUGCGAGAGCAGGGACCACCUUAUAAUCCAAACCAGAAUGGUCCAGGGCUGUUUGAAGCUAUGAAUGAUGCAGUACCAUUUGAAGAUUAUAAUCAGGGACUCAGGCAAAGAAAUGUCCCAGCAACAGACCCGCCCUCACAGGAGCAGAUCCAGCAGCUUGUGGACAUGGGUUUUACAGAGGAACGGGUGAGAAGGGCGUUACUAAUGUCUCAGAACGACCUUAACACCGCCACAAAUUAUCUGCUCCAGGAAUCUUAGCAGUCACUGGUGACUUUGUGUAUAAAACUGUUAUUUUGACAUUAGAAAAGGAGAAGUUGUCCAAAGAUGGAGAUUUUACCAAAUGGCCUGCUGAGGCCGCUGACAUUGAUGUUUAUAUUUUCCAGUCUCGAUUUUUGUGUAUACAAUGUACAACAUGUGUGCAAAAUCCAAUUAGUAAUGCAUCGGAAGUGCGAUAUUUAUAUUUAUAUAAUUAUUUUAACAUUUGAUGGAUAUCCAUUUUUUGUUCACUUGAGCCAAAGGCUUCAUGAAGCUGGCACUGAAAAGCACAGCAGAAUUAUGUCAAAUGCAAGUUUGUUAAUAUGCAAACUUAUAAUGAUAGUUUCUUAAGUUCUCUCUAUAAGACUUAUACAACAAUGUUCCCAUUAAUGAAUAUCAUGCUGGGAAGUUCCACUCAGUCCUUAGGAUUGGGAUAUUUUAAUCAGAUUCUAUCAGAGAGAGACUAGGAGGGGGGCAUUCUUCUUGUUCAGAAAUAGAAGGUUUUGUUUAUAUGUAUUUUUAGUAGACUUAUCUCUAAUUGCUUUUCCAAAAUCUGCUUUAAUCAUCAAAGAAAGAAAUGUGAGAAAAAGACAAAAAAUAAUAAGAUCCUCUUGGACAUCAGUAGUGAUAACAAUGACAGGAAUAUAUUGUGUAUCUUUUGUUAAUGUUAACAAUGAUAGAAAUAUCAUGUAUAGUUUGUUAAUGUUAACAAUGACAGGAAUAUAUUGUGUAUCUUUAGUCGUGACGACAGUCUCUUUCAUACUGAAAUGUAACAUGUCAACAUGUGAAGUCAACACCUAACAUAAGACUCCAAAUAUAGAGAUCGAGUGUUCAAGUCCAUUUUCCUUUUGGUGCAAGUUUGGACGGAUGUUAAAAUCUGUUUUCCAAGCAGCGUGUGUCUUAAUGUAUGGAAGCUGUAAUGUCAUUUUUAUUGGCAAAAAUCAUUUGGCAUUUUGUGCUGUUUUGAUAAUAAACUAUACAUUAGA